AUGAUUGAGAACAACGUCAAUGACGUUGAAGUCACUGAAGAAUCUAUUGAGACGGUAUUUCCGGGGAAGAAACGUGAUGUCGACAAGAAAAAUAAAACUCCGCCGCCGCUGAAGUUCGAGCAGAUUGUGGAGACUGGAGAGGCAUGAGAAUUUGAACUGAGAAUGUUUAUUAAAGUUUUCCAACUCAGAUAUCGCCGGCUCCUGUUUCUGUCUGCGAACUAUUCAAAAAGUAUCGAAAAGCUGAUGAGAGGCGUUCCACGGACGAGGAAAAUGUGAAUGUUGGAUUCGCUCAGCUGUCUUCGGAUGAGAAGAACGGAUUCCUCAGAAAGCUGCAGAUGCUGACUGUGGGCAACAAAAAGAGUCCGAGGUCCGACGAAGAGCAAUCACUGUCUUCCGCUGGAAAACUACUCAAAAAGUUUGUUCCGUCACGCAGUUCAACGGACAGAAAACACUCCGAAUCGUCUGGCCGGUUGAGUAUGUUUGGUCGGUCUUCUCAGAAGACGUCCGAAUCAGAAAAGCCUCCAUCCACACAACGGAAGCAAUCGGCUCGUCGUCUGAACUUCCAGAACAGAGAUGGGGAGUACAAACCCGAAACGGAGGUUCAGCGUAACAGAGUGGUGGCCGCAAUGACUCGUGAAUACGAGAAGAUUGUCACGCAGAGAGGAGUCCCGGUGCCGGUCAACAAGGUGGCUCGUAAUCCGCGCGGAUCCCUCGAAACGCCCGAUUCAUCUCCGGAUAAGACGUACUCUUCCUCUUCGAGCUCUUCUCCUGAGAAAUUUUCGUCCCUACAAGAAAGAACGACGCGCGGCCUCUUCAUUUCGACGAACGAUGACUCGCCGAACAAGAAAAGAAUGCUAUCCAGGGACUUGGCCCGUUCAUCCGAUGCUCCCUUGAAUUCGAGUGCUUCGUGGCACGGAGAACUUCCUCCGAGAGACUACACGAGUCCGACUUUCUCUCGCAAAAUCUUCGUUGGCGGCGUUCCAUGGGAUAUCACCGAAGCGGCGCUGAAAGACUCAUUCGGUGAAUUCGGGUCGUGUGCUGUGGAAUGGCCAGGACAGGAAGCUCGUUAUCGAAGUGGACAGUCCGGAAUGUCAUCGAACGGAAACACGAGAAAUCAGUCGAAGGUGAGUUCAGAGAUUCCCCAAAUCUCAGCAAAAAUUCAUUCAGUUUGCUGGUCAAGCGGCUACCGGAUACGUCUAUAUGAUAUUCGAAGACGAGAGAGCUGUUGCUGCGUUGCUCCACGAGUGCUCGCAGGAAAUCGGAGGCGCCGGGGAAUGGUACUUCAAAAUAAGGGCUCAGCGCUCCAAAUCAACCGAAAUCCGCCAGGUAAACCCAACCUCCCAAGCUCCAUCUUAAAAGUUGACACUCAUAUCAUUUUCAGGUUCAAAUCAUUCCUUGGGUUACUUCCGAUUCACUAUUCUGCGACGACGAAAGUAUCCUCGAGACUGGAAUCGAACCGAAGAGAACUGUUUUCGUCGGAGCACUGCACGGAAUGAUGACUGCUCAAGUGCUGCAUGCAAUAAUGGAGGACUGCUUCGGAAGUGUCGAAUGCGUUCAACUGGAUACCGACAAGUUCAAGUAUCCGAUAGGCAGCGGACGAGUGACUUUCCGAGAGCACGGCGCUUACUUCAAAGCCAUAGAAAUAGGAUACCUCCACGUGCACACGAGCAAAUUCCGGAAGCGUGUCCAGAUUGACCCGUUCCUGGAGAGCACAUGCUGCAUGGUUUGCAGCUCGGAGCCCGCUCACUGCUUCUGCCGGAAUCGCAACUGCUUCAAGUACUACUGCCACUCAUGCUGGGCAGUUGAUCACGGAAAAGACAGUGACGUGGAUGUGCACGUGCCUGUGAUCGUUCCUUCGUCGGCUUCGAAGGCCUAUCCAGGACCUCCCCGACGCUCGCAUCUAUCGAGCAACUCGCCCGUCAAAACUGGGAUACACUCCAAUCAGUCAAGUUCACAGUUCGCACACAUUCUCACACCAGGUACUUUCAUUCGUUGAAUCGCUAUUUUUAACAUCCCUUUCAUUACAGCCUUUCCCAUGAUCGUCGCUCCGCAGACAACUACCCUCUCCGCUCUAUACGGCUACGUUCCGGGCAACCAGCAAUGUGUUAUGUCUCCUUCCGUUUACGAACCUCCAAUGACUCCGUCAUCGAACGAAUCGAGCUCGAAAAGAGGCAGCCGCACUGAUUUCCACACCUCGUCAGCUAUGUACACUCCGGUCAUGAGCCCUCAGAAAAGUGAAACCACAGAAAUAGUAUUAAACUCAACGCUUGUUUCCAGAUAGCACGGAUAGCUCGCUGCCUGGCUUCUACACCAACUCUGCCGCAUUCCUCACUCCACCGGCCUACUUCGGGUCCCCGACGCACUCUUCAUCCGGAAAUAUCUCCCAGCAGCUGCCGUACUACGGUCGCAGUGUCUACUACGGGUAUAUGGCUCAGCCGAUGGCCUACGACGUCUCGCCGAAUGCUUCUCACCACCCAUCUUUCAUGUGUUCUCCAACACCCCACAACUACGCCCAGUAG